UUCGUUGGGCCUUUAUGACAAAAUACAUCUAAAAUAUAUUUUCUUUCAGGUUGCUUAGCUUUCAUUUGAUAGUCAGAUGAUAAAGUUAACCUAGUGUGCUCAGUAUGGACUUGUUUAGCGAAAAAUGGAUAUAGAAAUAAGUAAAUCCUGGUCACAUGACUGACCCAGCCCUUACCACACAAUCAAAAGUGAAAGUAAACUAACUGAAAGUACAAUGUGGUCUGCCGACAUUUUAUGAUAAUUACGAUUUCUACAUCAGAGAAACGUUUUUACGAUUAUUUAUAGUAAACAUGUAUGGUUGAUUUAUCUUAGGGUAUUUAAGAUGCACGUGCUUUACUGUAUUUUUAUUUCAGCACUGCUGAAGAUCGCUAAUGGGUUUACAGUGAAGGGUUCCUCAGGUCCUCUGGUUGUUCCUCUGGGAGGUUCAGUGGUUCUUCCCUGUUCUGUUGAUUCACUCUUACCACUGAAAGAUCUGGAGGUGGAAUGGAGAAGAUCAGACUCACAGACUCUCAUUCAUCUGUAUCAAGAUGAAGAUAUCAGACCAGAGGCUCAACAUCAGGAUUAUCAUGAUAAAGCUCAUUUCUUCACUGAAGACAUUAAACAUGGAAACUUCUCACUACUGUUGAACAAUCUGACAGCUGAAGAUGAGGGACAAUACACAUGUAAAGUUCACGCUGGACAAGAGUCUGGAGAAACUGUGGUGGAAAUUAAACAUGUUGAGCGUUUGAUAUUAUCAGGAUCAAGUCAGUCAAUAUCUGCAUCUGUGGGUGAGGACGUAACUCUGGGCUGCUCUGUGAACUCUCACAUCAAACCUGAAGAGAUUGAAAAGGUUUUAUGGAAGAAAAUAGAUAAAGAUGAAGAAAUCCUGGUUCUUCUCUAUCAAAACAAUGAAAUUCAAUCAGGAUCAUCAGAUGAGCGAUACAGAGACAGAGUUGAGUUCUUCACUGAUGAAAUCCACAGAGGAAACUUCUCUCUCAGACUGAAGAGAGUCACAAAUGAAGAUAAAGGAGUUUACAUCUGUCAAGUGUUUACUGGAAGACUUUCUGCAAACACAACUGUAAUACUGGAGAGACUGGGUUUCUCAGUUUUACACAUAAUAGUGUUGAUUCUGUGUAUUACUGCAUGUGGAUCUGCUCUUCUGUUCUGCUGUCUCAUCUACUGCACAUCAAACCAUAAAGGGUUCAGUGUGAAAGCUUCUUGUAAGGUUCCUCGUAGAGGUUCAGUGGUUCUGUCCUGUUUCAUUGAUCCAGAUAUAAUAAAGAAAGGAUUAAAGGUGGAAUGGAGUAAAUCAGGCUUGGAGACUCCAUUGUGUGUGUAUCAAGAUGGAAAUAUCAGGAAUAAUAACUCUAGUGCUCAUUUCUUCACUGAAGACAUUAAACAUGGAAACGUCUCACUCUUGUUGAACAUUCUGUCAUCUACUGAUGCAGGAGAAUACACAUGUAAAGCUUACAGUGAAGAGAGAUGUGUGUUUUCAGUCAGUGUGAAUUUAAAAAUAAUUUACAAUGAUUCAAAGUACACUGUGGAUUAUUCUUGUGAUCUGGUUGUUCCUCUGGGUGGUUCUGUGGUUCUGCCCUGUUUUAAUGUCAAAACUAGAAGAAUACCAGAAGAAGGACUGAAGGUGGAAUGGAGUAAAUCAAAGAGAUCAGUGUGUGUGUAUGAAGAUGAAGAUAUCAGGAAUCAUCAGGAUUAUCAUGAUAGAGCUCAUUUCUUCACUGAAGACAUUAAACAUGGAAACUUCUCCCUCAAGUUGAAGAAUGUGAGAGAAGAAGAUGAGGGACAAUACACAUGUAAAGUUUACAUUUUAAACAGAGAAGAGUUUUCAGUCAGCACACAGUUGGCACCAGCACUUCUAGUUUCGGGUUUCCAUCUCCAGCUGUUUAUGGUCUUCAGUCCACAUAUCAUCAUGUUCUUUGCUUUUAUCUUCUGGGGUAUUUCUGAAGGAUCUGUGAAUGAGACAAUCUGCUGCUGUGCUCUUUAUUUACUCAGACCUCUCACGCUACUCUGGGCAGAUCCAUAUAUGAAUCAUUUUAAAGGCAAAAUUAAAGAACUGAUUUUGGAUUACAGUUAUGUUGCUGAAUAUUUUGUUUUGACAGCUGUUGUUUAUUCAGCUCUUUUAACAAAUACUUUGGAGAAACUUCUGAAUUAUGCAGUAUUUGACAGAGUCUUGAUCUUAGUCCUCUAUGUAUUGAUGUUUAUCUGCUGCUUCAGUAAAAGCAUUUACAUUUUAGUUGCAAAGAUUGGAAAGAAAACAGGACUAAUUAUUAAAAUAUUUGAUAUUGUUGCUGAUCUGACCUUUGAGAUUCUGCCUAUGCUACAAUUCAUCCUUCUGUUUUAUACAUUUGGAUCAGCCAGAGGAGGAAUCAUCAUCAUUGUUGCCAUUUUACCAAUGUUACUAACAACGACAAAUGAAAGAAUGUUUUACAAAUGUCGUAGGCGCUUAAACUGGUCAUAUGAGCUCAUAAGAACAGUUCAGCUCAUUGUCACAUUAGUGAUGAAUGCAGUCAUGAUCGGCUUUUACAUCUUUACACUGGAAAAUCAAACAGAUCCUAUUGGAUGGGCCUGUGCGAUGGUGUUUCUGCAGAUACUCUGGGCAGUUUUGAGAUUCUCAGAUCAGUCUGCUUGGUUCUCUAUUUCUUUAGGUUUUCCUCGUUAUAUCUCUGUGUAUGUGUUUGGAUCAGUUGGUGUUGUUUUAUUCAUUGCUGUUACUCUGAUAACUGAACUGACACUGAAAACAGUUAAUGGUGAUCGUGCACUGAUGGAUCUGAGAUUUAUUGUCUUUCCAUCUGAAUGUUUAUUCAUCUUGUCUGUGAUGAUUUCAGGACAACUUGCAUCCAAGAUUAAAACGCGUCUGCAGUCUUGUAAGAAGACAAUGAGAUCUAAACUAAAUUCAGCCAGAAGACCACAGCAGAACCAAAAUGAAGAUUCACAGAGAUCACAGGAUCAGGUGACACUCGAGCUACUGGAACAAAACAGAACAUAGCAGAAUCCCAUGAAUUGAAUCAUCUAUUUGAAAACUGAAGACCAGGAGACUGUUGGAAUGAACAUUUGAUUCAGUCUGAAUCAGUCAUCUCACAAACGAUUCAUUAAGCAGAUCUCACAAGCUGAUUGGUCAUGAACACCCAGUUGACCAUUAGUUCAAACUCUUAUGAGGUCUAAUAGACUGACAGUUCAGUGUUAUUUUUCAUCUAUAAUGUAGAUAGUUUUGUACAUAGAGUUUUUUUAAAUUAGCUAAUGCUUUGUUUUACAUAUUAUUAGACACAAAUAGACACAUUUAGAGAGUAACUAAACCCCUGUUCAGAGCCUGACUCCACCCACUAGAAAUAUUUCUAAAAUGCAAGAAAAGUGGGCAGAUCCCAACAGAGAUAGAGGGGACGAACUAAGCUCGUACCAAGAGUGUGGUGAGAUCAGAACAAGGACGUGGUGAGUUUGAACCUGCUUACGUAGGGUGGUACCACUUACGUCACGUAGUACCGCAACAUCCUAUAGGAAAAUUCAACUGCAGUAGCCACCGUUCAACCUGAAGAGGGCAGCACUCAGACGUUUUUACCAUGGGCGAGGCUAGCCCCUUUUUAGGGGUGCUUCAAAACUUGGAGUAAGAAAUUUUGUUUUAUUUUAAAAUUUUGUUCGUCUUUGACAAGGUUAAAUAUUGUACAAAACAUACUCCGUAGUUUGUGGUUUAAAAUGUAUAUGUUAAGGAUGAAAAAGAAAACCUCCCUGCUUAGCAAAUGGUGUCAUCCUCUUAUUCUACUUCUCUGUACCUGCAUCAGCCCGACCAUGACCAUCAUCCAGCGCGAAACACACGCAGAGUGAGAAUCCGUUAUAGUGUUGUGAUGAAACUUUUUUCAAAUCUUACAAAAUGUUUACGUUAUGUUUAUGAGCGAGUACAUCACGAAUCAAUCUUUCAAGCCUGUUUUUGUCUAUUACUGAAUCACCAUGGUACACAAAUUAUAAGUGUUUAUUUUUGGAGUAUUUUAGUCCGGCGGGUACCCGCGCGCUGCGGAGUAGCACAGUACCUGGGUGACUCGUCCAUAGACUUAAACAGAGAGAAAUAGCGUCGGUUACAAUGUUCUUCCGCAAGACGCAUGCUGUUCUGUUUAUUAACCGCUAGAACGUGAAACAUAAACUGCGUCCCAGUGUGUAGUUGAGUACAUGUGUCUCUGUUGUUAAAGUUUAUCGUUAAUUUGAGACUCACUCAACAACCAGGAGUCAUGUAAACACGACCAGAGUCGUAUAAAGAGAGAGUAACGACACGCUUUGAUCUCGCCGCCGCGCGGUCACGUGAUUCAUGUAACGUUCUACAGUUCCAAACCAGGCAGGGCUGUCAAUCUUUUUGCAUAGGUUUUCAGCUAUUUUAGGUAAAUAUUAGCUUGUAAUGUGAAUUGAUUACUAUACUUACUAUGUUUAUAUAUUUUUUUUACUAGGGAGUGAUGGAAAUACAGUAAAUCAGUUAAUAAAGAUAAACAGUUAAUGGUGACCCAAAGAUAACUGUGGUUAUCUAUACCAACUACAGCAACACAGUUUAUCUUUUAUUUUUGUAGCAAAAUGGCUAUCAAUCUGCUAAAAACAUAAUUCCUACGCAUUUAUAUUUUAAAAUCACUAAAAAGAUCGCCGACGUGGUUAUUUGUAACAGUGAAACAUGACAGAAACACACUAAAUUCAUAUUUAAUUAUAUUUAUAGUACACAUUAAAUGUUAAUAUAAUUAUACAUGAUAUUCGAGGAUACAUCACUCGUAUUACUUACCAAAUACAAUAAAACACAUAGCAGAAUUGUGAAGCAGUGUGACUUUCUUAUGAUGCAUUUAGCUUCUCGCUGUUGCCCCCUAGUGUUACUCGUAAUAGAUAUAAAAGAUAUGAUAAGUAUAUAUUAAAGUAGAUGGCCACCAGUAAGAAAAUAUUAAACAAUUAAAUCUAUUUUAUUCGCACAUUAUACACAACAAAUUUAAAAUAUAAGAAUUAAGCUAGUUAUUAUUAACAAUAAUCAUUACCUACAGCUGAGUUCAUAAAAUAUCACUACUUGACUAUAUUCAUGAAAUGUCCGAAAAUGUAAAGAGAAACAGUAAUUUCAUCGAUUUACCAGCAGGUGCUAUUAAAAUGAAUGGGCUUCAGUGCUGCGUUUGUAACUAUGCGUCACUACAUGACACGCUGUUACUUCCGCAUUCCAUUCUUCCAACGGACGCCAAUGUGAGUGUCGUAACUCUCUCUUUAUACGACUCUGAACACGAUGUCACGUGUGUCUUUUCUGGUCAGUCGUCAUGGAAACAUGGCAUUUGGACCAGAGUGAAAACAAACGACAUAUUAUACCAGUUAUGUGUGAAAUUAACUGUGGUAUUUUAAGUGAAUUGUUAUUCAUAUCUGUUAUUUUUCAGUUCUGUUUGACUUUCAAACUAGACAAUACAUUUUUUUAGCUUGUAACACGUAGAUUAAUAUGAAGGAGAUAACGUUUUUAACCCUUAGUGCAGGAGUCACAAGUGUUUUGUUUUAGACAUAUGGUAAAGGUAAUGGUUAAAUUAAAGAACUGGUAAAAGAAAAGCUGUAAAUUAAAAGAUAUUAAUAAACCUACCAUAUGUUGUAUGCAUAAAAGAUGUAAAUUAGAAGAUUUGUCAUUUUGACAAAGGCUUAAAACAAUACACUGUAUAUUUACAUAAAACCAUACCUGCACUGCUGCUGUAGCCCACCUUUUGUCCUGUAUUUUAUAGUGACCUUAUAUGCCUCCUUAACAUGUGAAUAACCUUACUUUUCCAAAAAAAGUUAUUUGUAGAUCUGUGUUUACUAGACAACCAUGCUGAGAAUUCUGGGCCAAAAAUGGUUUGUAAUACUGCCGUGCCGAACCAGGCUCAAGUGGAAACAUAACUAUAACCUUUCCUUACUGUCCUUAAAAUGGCUUGGCCACAACGGUGGAAAAGUGCUCAUUGUUUCAUGCUGUUCCUUAAAACAUUGUUUUCACAUGAUGUCAUGGCCUCUUUAAAUACAUUUUGUAUGCCCUUCUGUACAUAUUUCUUUACAUGUGCAUGCUGUACAGGUGUGCAAUGACGAUAAAGAUAUUUUAAUAAAUUAUGGUGUAAGAUAUAGGAAUUUAUCACUUCGUCAAAAUUUGUCACAACCCCCAUUACCAUCUUGUACCAUCUGCAUUCCUGUGCUGAUAGUGAUCAAAGACUAUUGUCUCAGCUGUUUAUCCAGUACAGUGGGGGUUAAAGGUGAUCUUCUGAUUGGUCAGUUUGAUUGUAUUAUGUUGGGUUUAGUCACUUGGUCAAGGCAAGGGGAUAAAAAAAGAUGUUUUGGGGGUCUCAGGAGGCUUCUUCUCUGCUUCUUGCCCUUGCACUCUUUUUCUAUGGGCUAGUCUCCAUGGGCUUUUGCAUUGGCCUUUUUCCCUUUGCUUUUCCUCUUCACAUGAGUUCUUGGGUUUAGGCCAUUAGGCCAAGAUUUCAGUUCUCAAUGGUGAUUCUCUUUCUUCUAAACUUUCUUUCUUUCUCUGUUCUCUAUAUUAUCAGGUAAUAUCUCACAUACAUUGGAAACAGUUAAUUGUACAUAUAUUAAUUACCAUUUCAUGCAUUUAUGGUGUAACCAACACCCUGAAGCUAUUUUGGGGAUUUUCGCCUGGAUUUGGCCUACCCAAUUUCAAAAGCUUCCCAUACCCACAUGCAGAGGUUUACAUACAAAAGUUUGGUAUCAUUUUACAGGAAACCCUUUGAAAUUACAUAAAACACUGUUAAAAGUGCUAAACAUGGUUGUAUGUGAUGUCAGGCCUCUAAUAAACACAAAAAUAAAUAGGCGCUUUUUAUGUUUUUUUUCUAAAGUUUUUAUUUGAAAGUAUAUAACUCUGGUCCUGGGUAUCUCAGGUCCCUGCAGACAGUUUUGUUUGAUUCCAGCAAUUGUCAGCUUACAGAGGAAAAAGGAAUUUUUUCUCUAUCAUAAUAUAUGCAAAAGUUAUUUUACUCCAACUGAUGGGAGGAAUAAUACGCUUAUGGUGUACAAUUUCUGCCAAAAAACAUUUGAAGUGCUACCAUAACCACAUACAGUGGAAUAAAUGCAAUUUCUUUAUAUCAUUUUAAAGAAAACCCUUUGAAGUUACAUAAAAAGCUGCUGUUUGUGACAAAUAUUGUUAUUUAUGUUGUUUUUCAUAUGAUGAAACACCAAAUUUUAUUUUUUAUGUUGUAAAUACUGUCUUUGAUAGUGUAUAACU